GCUGGGACAGACAGUUUCAACUGAGGAGCAACAACAUGGAUUACCUACCUCUAUUACUGCUAACUAUAAGUAGUCUCCUGGAGUUUGCAGUUUCUGCCGAUCUGUGUCCAUUCCACUCCUUUGACGACAUAUUCGGGAGCAACAUCAAGUUCAAGUAUUGUCGUCACGGAUGCUGCGGGGAUGUCAUCAAGAACGUUUGUUGUCCCUCUCUCCCACUGGAGCUGGUGAUUGGUUGCGUUGCUGGGGCCGUCGUCAUCAUUGUUGUCAUCGUGGUGUUGACGUGCUGCUUCUGCGCCAGAUCGCAGGCCAGGUCCCGACACAUCAUUCGCACCGCAGUCUUAACGCCGACAGUAUUUCAUACUGAUACCGCAAAUCCUGGCCUUUCUGCGGACAUGCCCGAUGUUUGCCGACCUCCUCCAUAUGACGUAGUCACGUCGGAGCUUGACAAACCGCCAUCGUACGAGGAAAUCAUGCGCAGUUCCCCCGAAUAUGAGGAAAACUCCGCGCACGGGAAGUAGAACCGGAAGUUGUACCAAUAUAUCUGUCUAUCUUAUGACCGGCCUAUACAAUCAGAACAUUCUCAUCCCUCAAGUGGCAGGGACGUACACAAGACGCUGAUUGCCGGGAAUAAUCUAUAUACACACAAGACAAACCUUAUGUACAUACAACAUGUGCAAUACCUAUGACUGGGUUACUACAAGAAGAUGGUGUCAGUAAGUUUUAUUUACCACGUUUUGUCAUCGUCAACGUCCGUGCUAGUCAUUCUCCAACACUACUGGAAUAUUAUUAAGAUAUAUUGAUGGUUGGACAGAAUAACAUCGACACCAGACUAUCAAUCUUUGAUUGCUGUUUUCAGAUCUAGAGAGAAACGCGUUGUUCCCUAAUCUAUGCAUCUCGCUCAAUAUCUUAUAUCCUUGGCUCUAUAUCUUAUAACGAAGAUAAUGUUUGGUUUGUAGAUUAUUUCCCCUGUGGACUUCAGAGGCCUUUGCAUUUAUUAGUGACGAUCUUCCGCAAACACUCGAAAUUCGCCCGGGGAUUGAUCUAAUCUUCGAUCUGAUUGAUCUAAACCUGUCCAGACACAUUUCCUUCACCAAAAGACCUGUAAAUGUUAACAUUAUUUGUCCGUUGCAUAGAGAUAUUGGUAGUUGUGCUGUACAUUAACGGACCUUUGGAACUACCAUAUAGCAGAGAAGUGAUCUCAGGUUCCAGGAUACCAUAACAGUAGCCUCAAAACUGAGAUUACUAAAUGCAACUAGACGAGUUAGAAAUUGAUAUGCGAUAAAGGAAACGAUUCAUGGUCCAAGGUCGUACCAUCAUUGUUGAGCACCUUCUGUUGAAGCUCAAAUCGGAUCCAUAAAACCACUGCCCCUUGCUCGUGUAGAUGCCGGAGACGUUGUUGCUGUGGCGUACCUAGUGUUGUCACGCACGUCAUAAGAUUGUUUCCGCAGUGUUCAUCUCAACGAACAGAGACACGCUGAACAGGAGAUGGAGUGCUAUUGAAGUCAUGCCAUAGCAAGUCACAUGUGGUUUUGGGCCUCUAAGUCUCGCGAGACGCUACUCCCGGUUCUAAGCUGGUUCCCGGCUCCCACUGCGCGCGCCAACUGGCGAUAUGCGAGACGGGGCCCAGCUUACUUCCGGUACCAUAUUUCCGGUGACAAGCGUAAUUCAAAACCAGUUCUGGUUCCAGAUUGCGCGACCGCCAAAUAUGAUUUGUGUACGUUGUUUGUCACCGGGAGUACUAAGGUCGCAAACGUCAAAGACCAACAUCACUUUGGGUCGUGCUCCUAUAUUAAACUAACCGUGCUAUAACUGGAAUUUAAUCCAAACUCGCUCACUUAACGAAGGGAUUGCUAUACGGCUGAGGAUUAACACUGCAAUCGUGUUGAUCCGUUUAGUAACCGCGAAUCGGGUUGCCAAAAUCAGUUUAGUACACACAUUUCGUUGAUAAAAAAAUGUUUCAGAAUUGGCAGUUUUAAAGAUAUUGGUCUUGGGGUGAUAUCAGCUGUUUUGCAGCAACGUCAGCAACGCACCAAACCCGACGCCACGGCUUUUAUUGUAUCAAAGUUUCUGAUCUGUAUCAUGGGUCCUUAUCCACUCGCAUUCCGUCUAUACGUUCCAUGUCAUCUUCCAAAAUAUAGAACUAUGGGAGUAUAUUUUAAGGAAGAAUACAAGAGCACUUCAAAAUAUAUUUCGCUGUUUCAAACACACUUUUUGUGAUCAGGUCCGAACGAGCGAUAAUCACUGGGAACAUUGGAUCAAUGCCUAUAGAUUCUAUUUGUGUUUUCAAUGUUUUGUUUUCCGACGGAAAAUGUCUGUUACAGCAAUACUGCCUUCAGACAAAUGUGAACUGUAAUCUGUCUCAGAUGUAGUGUGAUCCUUGUUAAGAAAAUGUACAUUACUAUGUAUUAUAUCUGCAUAUUCGAUGAUAUUGUUAUGUACAUAAAAGUAUAUAUUUUAUCA